UUGCGACUUGCAAAGCAAAUUUUAGCACGAUUUGCGUUGCACUUUGAAGGUUGUGUCAAUUUAAAUAGUAAAGAUAAAUAAUUUGAUAUCCGAUCAAAAUGACUACGCCACCGGCAGUGCCUCAUAUCGACCGGGAAUUAGACUUAUCCAAUGCUGGAAGAGGAGUAUGGCUCGUUAAAGUUCCUAAGUAUAUAGCGAAUAAAUGGGAAAAAGCCCCAGGAAAUAUUGAAGUGGGUAAAUUAAAAAUAUCACGGGUAGCAGGGCAACGGGCCCAAGUACAGUUAUCUCUCUCAGAAGCUGUAAUGUGUCUUAAGGACCCUGGCGAGCAGAGCAUACCAAAGGAGCAUCGCUUGGACGUUUCAACGGUUACUAGGCAAUCUUUAGGCGUUUUUUCUCAUGUAGUGCCAUCCAAUACAGAUUCGGUAGUUCCAGAGUCGGAAAAGUUGUACAUGGAGGGUAGGAUAGUCCAGAAGCUGGAGUGCAGACCGUACGCAGACCCAACCUACUAUAAGCUAAAGUCUGAAUCUAUAAGAAAGGCUUCCAUGCCACACCGUCAAGUGCAGCAGUUAGAUAGAAUUGUACAAAACUUCAAGCCAGUGUCUGACCAUAGGCAUAAUAUUGAAUACCAAGAGAAGAAGAAGGCUGAAGGCAAAAAGGCCCGGGACGACAAAGAUGCAGUGCUCAAUGUGCUGUUUGCUGCAUUUGAAAAACAUCAGUAUUAUAACAUCAAAGAUCUGCAAAAGAUUACAAGACAACCUAUUGUAUACUUGAAGGAGAUUCUGAAGGAAGUAUGUAACUAUAAUCUAAAGAACCCUCACAAGAACAUGUGGGAGUUGAAGCCGGAGUACCGGCACUACAAACAGGAUGCUCCGCCAGAGGCCAAAGGGGAGAAGGAUAGCUCUGACAGUGACUAGUU